GUCAAAAUAUGUAGACCAGUAUUUAGGAACGAGGUUUCAUAGUACGGAAAAAAUAACUGGGCUACUAUGUACGUAUUAAGUAUCAUAGUGUUGGGCUUAGCCAUUGGACCCUCGUCUGAGUUUUUGUUCGACGAAACUAAGAAAGUUUGUUAUGGAGACCUUGGCUGUUUUGCUGUUGAUGAUCCUUUCGACAAUACAUUAGGAUACCUUCCUGAAUCCCCGGAGGCUAUCCAGUUUGGUUUAACACUUUAUACUAGAGCCAACACCAAACCGGGUGUAAAACUAGGAUACAACGACUCCGUCUCCGUUACCCGAUCCAGUUUUAACCCAAACACCCCGAUUAAAAUCAUCAUACAUGGUUAUAUGAGUGACGCUAAUGAACCAUGGGUUCUCAAUAUUUCAAAUUUAUUUCUUAAAAAGGAGGACUGUAAUGUUUUGACAGUAAAUUGGCAGAAUGGUGCCAGCAAACUGUACCCCGCCUCAGCCGCCAACACAAGAGUAGUGGGUGCUGCAGUCGCCAAAUUUUUGGCAAUGGUCAGGGACAAACACGGAGCAAAAAUGGAAAAUGUUCACGUGAUCGGACAUAGUCUCGGGGCCCAAACAGGGGGUUAUAUAGGGCAACGUACACCAAACAUGGGAAGAAUCACAGGGCUAGACCCCGCUGGUCCACUAUUCGAGCGCUUCGCCGAGGAAGUUCGGUUGGAUCCUGGCGAUGCAACAUUUGUUGACGUCAUACAUACUGAUGCACUUCCAAUCGAGGAUGCAGGAUUUGGAACGAGGAAAGCGUGUGGACACAUAGAUUUCUUUCCAAAUGGUGGUGGUCGUCAACCCGGCUGUCCCCCUGCGUAUAAAACUGGUGUGGAGGAACUUUUGUCCCUGAGGUUCUCCGCCGCCUUUACAUCUGUGGCGUGCAGCCAUCAGCGGUCAUAUUAUUACUUUGCGGAGUCCCUCGCCAGGGAACAAUGCCAGUUCUCUGCCUACCCUUGUGACACCUAUGACGAUUUUACACAGGGUACAUGUAAUGUCUGUGGGGACACCCCCUGUCCAGUGAUGGGUGAUGAUGCAAUUUUGUCCAAAGCCAGGCGAGGCAAUUACUAUCUGAUAACAAACAGCCAAAACCCGUUUUGCAGUAAGUGUAUGUUGUCGGGAUAUAUUACCUUACAAUAUUCUAAUAAAGAAGAUGCAAACAAUCAAAAUGGUGAAUUUAAUCAAAGAUUGAUGAUAAUUAUUAUUCAUUUUCCUCUUAUUUUAAACAAAUUCCGCCAUGGAGAAAAACUCAAGAUAUUCCCGUUAGCCACAGGAAAAUGGUCAUUUCCUAUUUCUAAAUAAAAGAAUACACUCUUAAUUGAUAUUACACUCACUAAUCUAGUUAUGCUUCAUGAAUAGAUGGUGCUGUUACAAAGAGACCUUUUCGAUCUUUUAUCGUUAUACUUCUAUCUCAAAAUACAAUAUUUCAACAUUUAGAGUCCUGCCUUCCCCCCCCCCCCCCCCCCCCCAAAUUCUGUUGGUGUCAAAUCAAUAUUGAUGAACUUUCAGUAUUUUUUGUUUCAAUUUCGUGUGGGUGUUUUGAUUUAUAUACUAUUUAUAAACAUGCAACACUAAUGAGUUAUGCAUAUACACACUAAAUUGUAGGGGUGUAACAAAAUUUCGAUAAAUCGCGAUUUAGAGGUGGUAAUACGACACAUAGAUUUAAUGAAUAUCAAAAGCUUCCGGAAAUAUUAGAUUUGCGAAUUUCGGCUUUAAAUUCAGUAUUACAGAGUGUUAUUGUGGUGCAACAAAAUCAUCAAACAAAACUAUCCACUAACAUGAGAUAGAUAUUCAUUAGUCAUUCAAUGUACUACAAGUUGAAUUGCAAUAAUCUAAAUUUUUCUUAUUGAAGAUAAAUGAACAAUCGAUAUUCAUUACAAGAUACGUCGAGAUAUAUCAACAAUAUUUUGUUCAUAAAUUAUCGUGAUGUUCCUUUCUGGCUGUUCACAGUCCCACUAAAUUAUUUUUCAUCUACUCUCUGAUUCUGUAACAGUACAUUUGUUGAAUCUGGUGUGCACUUUCGCCUACUAUUUCUGAAAUCGACAUGCAUGUUGAAACUUGACCUUUUUAACACAGAAACAAGCAUGUAACUGCAUUUUCACAUUUUCGAUUUUAAGGGGCCCCCGACUUACAAUGAUUAUGUAAUAUAAUACAUUAUCAGAUUGUUUUAUUACGAUAGAAUGAAUUGAUAUUUUUUUAAUUAAUACGAAUUGUCCUAGUUUCAAUUACCGUGUUGAAUUAUUUUGAUUAGAUUUGAAUUCUGAGCAUGUCUUAUUCCAAAUCUAAUAACUAUAUUCUUUUACAUUUCAGAAAAUGCCUGAAAAAAAAUAUUGUGCAAUGGUUUAUAAACAUUUUGUUCGAUAAAAUUCAACUCGUGGU